AUGGAAACAGGUUAUUUCGAUAUAACACAUUCAUUUAAAAUCGAUUCAGCAACUUAUCACGUGUUGGGUUUACGUAAAGAUCGACCAACAUAUGGAAACAAUUAUUACAUAUUCAAUUGUUCUUGUGAUCGAUCUCAAUCAGCAAGAUUAUCACUUCCACCAAUUAAUUCACAUUGGUGUCAUGAUUAUCAGAAAACUGAGAAGAAAGUUCGUUCUUCACCUGCAAAUGUUCCACCCUCAAAACCAACAACAGCAACUACAACACCAACGGCAAUUAAUAAUAAUAAUCUGACAGAGAUCAAACAAUAUAUGGUUGACUUAAUGAAAAAAGAACGUGAACAAUUAAUAGCGUCAUUUCGUGAAGAUUUCCAUUCGGAACGAACAACAUUAAUCAAAUCAUUUGAGAAAGACUCUGAAGUUGUGAAUAAUGUGAAGACAAUUGUGAAGAAUGAUAAAGAAGAAUUGAUUCGUUCAAUUGAAAAACAAAGAAGUAUUUUAGAAAGUACUUUCGAAAGACAUGUCAACAAUCUCAAUUCUUCAAUUGAACUUCUCAAGAAAACUUUAACACAAUCAUUCAAAUCUCAACAAGAACAAUUUCAAUCACUCGAACGAUUUUACACAGAUCUUAACGAAAAUAUUCAACAACAGAUCGAACAAACUAUUGUCAAACAGUACGAAAGUCAACGAACGACAACAACUAUUGAUCGAACAUCGUUAAAAGAAAUCCAAGCGACACUUAUUGAUGUUGUACGAAGCCAUUCAACGACUGACAAUGAUGAUGAUUCAUUAAAACGUCUUUUUAACGAUCAGAAACAACAUUUAACUGAUUUAAUUAUGAAACAACAACGAACAUAUUCAACAACCAUCGACGAAAUCAAACAAUUACAAAAAGAUCUUUUGAAUACAAUGAAAGAAAUUUCCAGUUCAAAUAAACAACAUGAACAAACUUCAUUGGAUGUUUUAUUUGAACAACAAACGGAGACUCUAAAAGAAUUGAUAAUUCAUCAACAAGAUUCUUCUUCAACUGAAUUUUUCGAACAGACAAUGAGACAAAUAUUAAAAGAACAUUUUUCCACGAGUAAUUCUUCCGGAAUGAUACGAACUCCUCGUCCAUUCAAAUUCUCCAUCGUCUCAGGAGAAUACGCUCAGGCUUUCGCUCGUUUGUACAUCGAUGGAAACGAAUAUCCGAAAGAGAUGCACACUUUAUGUCAACGAGAUCCUCACGUAGAAAAUGUUAUUGAUUGUUUUGUUUCACCACCAAGUCGUGAUGGACCAUGUGAAGUGAUCAUUUAUGCUAAAACAGCGCAUGAAACCGAAUACCGAGCGGCUUUAUGUGUACAAAUAUCGGAUUUGAAUAUUCCGCCGUGUGUCACAUUUCCAAAAGUUCAUCCGGCGUUUAAAGAUUAUGAAUGUGUUUUAAUUGAACCACUUCGACGAACAUUGAAAGUAGAUGAAGAAAUUCAAUUGCAAAUGAUUGUACCAAAUGCGAAAAACAUUCGAAUUCAAAAUGGAGAUGAAGUUCUACAUUUGAAUGGAGAUGAUUAUCGAAAUGGUCUGAUUAGAAAGACAAUCCAAAUACAAGGAAAAUUGGAUGUUUAUGGACAAUGGAACAGAGGCGAAGAUUUACCGCUGUGUUCUUUCACAAAUUAA